AUUCUUGCACGUGCCGUGCUGAUAUGUCGCGACCAGAAAAGUCGGGUACAAUGUUUAUCUAGAAUUUAUCUACAAAAGUUUCAGUUUUCAUAACCCUUGGGAAGAAGUUCUGGCCUAGAAGGCGGAAGGGGGCAAAACUAUUUUAUCACUAUAACAUAUCUCGGUGUCUUUUUUUAAUUUAAGUAACUUAGGUGAAUCACUGGGCAAAAUAUAGGCUAAAUUUCCGCGGUGUAUAGUCACAUAGUCAAUGAUCGGUAUAUGGUGCUCAUAAAAUGUACUUGAAAUCCAGUUAUUGUCUUUAUUAUGAAUAAAACACUAUCUGAAAGACUAGAGAUCGUCUGAUCUUUCUACUUCCGUUAUAACAUAUUCGUCUCUAUGCGACGUCAUUAUUUACAUUCCGGUUUGAACGAUGAGGAGAUAAUCGUGGAAGGCACUUGUUAGACAAUGUUGAUAUUCAAUACUAUUGUGCUUAAAGACUUGAAUGCAUUGUUAGAUACACGAUAUAGAUGGAUUCGCUGAUGAACAUUGGUUUAAAGAGGUGAUUUCGUUAUGGACAUUUUGUGUUGAAAUUUGAGGCUAAAUUGUUUUGGGGGUGAGUAAAUUAUACAUGUAGUAAAAAACAUCAAUGUUCUCUGACAAUUAAUUUUUUUUAAAGUUUAAAAACAAGUUUAUAAAAGAAAUUUGUAAUUUCUAUUAUUUCAAAAUGGGAUUUGGUGUCAUACCAUGAAAAAUGUUUCUUGUUGAUCUUGUUUAUAUAGAUCUGUAUUGUGUUACAGUUGUAAAUUAAUUUCUAAUUAUGCUCUGCAUACAGGAUUAUAGUCUACGCAUCUUAUCAUAAUAACCAUGCUAUGGAUAUAGGAAUAUACAUGAUCAGGCACAUAGGUGCUACUCGAGAUUAUUCAUAGAAUAAUAAAACUGUUGAUUCGAAAGUGUUACUUCUUUAAAAUAUGUCAUAUAUAGCUUUAAUAGCUGUCACAGAGCAGACAUAUUACAGCUUCAAUGGAAACUUUUAAUAGUCUCAUUAAACUAUCAUUUAUAUAAUACAACGAAAUGGAAACGUGCUAUGGAAAAUUCUCCAUACAGAAUCCAUAUGUCAUCCUGCUUCGACUGCUACUACCACAUCAAAUCUUGAAUCGACCUCAUAUCUAUUCUGUUGAUGUCUGCUUUUCAGAAAACUGAAACAAAAAGGAACGCCAAAAAAUGCCUGCAGCAUGUAGAAAUAAUCCCUAUGGAAUCCAACCAAAGCCAGUUCCGGUACCCUAUAGCAAAACUGCUAAAAUAUCAGCGAGGAGCUUGGCUGCUUACAAAACCCAGGUCCCGUCUCCUCAUGAGUUUAGGGAAGAAAAAUACAGACGUCGCCAAUCACAGCUAACAUCCCAAGGUUACUUUGCCGCUCCUAAUGUGCCAUAUAAAGGACUGGGGGACCCGUUUUAUCUGGAUGAACAGAGGAUGAUUCUUCAUGCUCUAGGGCAGUGGGAUAGUAAAUAUGAUGAAGAGACGAGCAGUAGUAGUGAUGAAGAUGAGUAUGACCUCACAGCUGAACUGCAGCAUCAGAAACGACAACAGGUGUCAGCAGCUUCAUUUGUUCUCAGACGAUCCAAGAAAGAUAUGAACACACUGCAAAGGGAGGUCAUCCAUGGAAGGAACAUGAUUCGCAAUGUAAAGCUUGGACAUGGAUUAUUUGAUCUGAUCAAGAAUGAACAAGUAGCCAAACAACAAUCGGAAAAUGAGAUGAACAAAAAGAAAGCAGAGCAGAUGAAGAAUGAGUGGCAGCCUCCAAAAUUGGACUCCUCCGACGAGGAAUCGGAGGAGGAGUUCGAGGAGGAUGUGGAGUUAUCCAGCUACAUGAAACAGGCUGACAUUAGAGAAACCGCUGAUGAGGAAGAACAAAAGUUUGACUCUGAAUCCCCAGAUCCCCGGGGAAGGGUGUCUUUUAUUCGUGUUCAAGAAGAUGAGGAGGAGACUGAGAUAGCAAUAUCCCGAUCUCUUGCCACCACCCCACGGUCGCCAGGGAGGAGGAAAAAAAUCAAGGCCCCACGUCCUUACACCCCACAACACACCAACAUCUUAGAGGCGAAAGAAAAUAUAGCAAAAGAUGCAUUUUUUCGACAACUUUGUGCUUUGCACUGGAUAUUAGAGGCAAUGGCUCUUCAUGCUAGGACAGGGGGAGAUAACUCAAUCACAAUGUCUCCCAUCACAUCCAGCUGGAAGUUAAAUGAAAUUGGAGGCACAAAAACUUUUCCAAGAGAUCACGAGGGAAUGACAUGGAGGGAGCUGGUAAACCUGGAGAUAUCACCCAAAGCACCUACCAUUAAGAGGAAGAACACAAGAGCCACUAGCUUAAAGAGGCAGACAACAGGCCCAAGAAACAGUGUAUUCUCCAAUUUUUUGGGAAUGGCUAAUAUGUCAAGCUCCACUAACUUACGGGUGAGCAGCUCCCUGGACAACAGCGUGGAUGAGAGCAUGGGAUCCACGUCUAAAGUAGACGUCAAGGAGGAGGAAGAUGAUGGAAAAUAUGUCAGUAUUUUCAAGUAUCUGAAUGAGGACAUCUCUACCAAGCUGUAUGAAGAUGAUGAAUCUCAGGAACCUGUCAGUCCUGUCAGAAUCAGGAAGGAACGUCAUAAAGACAAAAGAGGCCAAGACGGAGAACAUUCUCCUAAGAAAUCACCAAGGAAGUCAGCUGAUCCAGGGAGUGAGCGUGGGAGAUCUGCCGAACGAGGUCGCUCAGCCGGUAAUCAGCGGGAGUCGUCUCGAUCAAACCGAGCAGACUCGACUCUGAUACGCCCUAAAAGUUCCCCACAACUGGUUGAGUUCCAAAACAGCAGAGCCAGCACCAAGUACCAGAAUGUUGUCGGCGAGAUGCACCAGAAAUUUCAAGAGAGGAAGGAAGACUCCGCUGUACAGCUUCAUGAGCAACUGGAACAGCUUGAGAAACAGAGGUUUGCAGUCUGUCAGAACAAAUUCCUGGCCAUUAACUCCCAAUUAAAAGGCAGCAGCUUCCACAGAGCAGUGCAGGAAAUGAGAGAUCGCAGCAAUCGGAUGUUUACUCGACCAAACGAAGAACUCCUAAAGAAAAAACAGGAGGAGGGUUCAAAGGGAAACUGGUAUGCAGAGAUUAUGGCCAAUUCUCCUGAUGAGAUUAAAGAUGAAUGGUACUACAAAGUGAUCAUGAAAAAACUUGCCAGAUAUGGAUUGAUGUCAAAUCCGAAUCAAGUAUGGAAAAAAGUGUCAAUAAUGAGACCUCGAGGUCUUGACCAAAGACGUUCUACCAUACUGCAGAUUGAGGGAGCUGGGCAGCAGCUUAGUAAAAGGACAUUCAUUAAAGUGCUGGAGCGACUCCGCGAGUGGGAGAUCUGUAGCCCAGACAUCUGUGCUGCUAUAGAGUUCUGCCGUGAGAAGAUCGUAGAGAUGACAGUGGAGGAUUUCGAGGAGUGGUUCUCCCAGCAGUUCCCAAAGAUCCAUCGACCCCAGACAGCACCAGUGGGGAAGAAAAAGAGCCGGGAGAAUAAUAACCUACAGGUGGCCCUCCAGGAGCGGUUCCCCAGUGCCUACUCCAGACGCGCCAAGAGUGGAUUCCGUCCCCGGGGACAGAGAAGUAAGAGCGGCUAUGCCACUUAUGGACGGCCAUUAUCCACAUCCACCACUGUAACUGUGGCUAAUCCAGGGGUAGUAGUUCGACCUCUAUCAGUCAGAUAUUAGGUGGAACUAUUAUCUUUGAAACAGCAUACUUAACCAUUUCAGCAUCACAAACAAGUAGCUGUCAUGACAUUUUAUCAAAACCUUUUUUAUGUCUUUUCUCCGACAUUAUGCUUUUUGAUUGUGACAGAAAUCUCAGCAGUGUCUGCUAUACUGUGAUAUAUAAAAAAAAAUUAAAUGUGAUAUAUAGGAUUUUUUUAUAUGAUGUAUACAAUGUAUUAGCACAAGUCUGUGAUAGCCUAUACUUUAACUGUGAUUCUUGCUCACAUAAACUGAGACUUUCCAUUUCAUAGAAAAAAUUGAAACAAGAGCUUUAUAUGGUUUUACAAUGUAUUUGGAAUUUGAUUUUUAUAUAAUCAAGAGGUGCAUGUUGCUUUGAAUUCUUUUCACUUUGAAAGGAAGGGUAGUCUGAAUUCUGCUAUAUUUAUUUUCUAUUCCCUCACAAUAGGGUGAUAUUCAAAGAAAUAAAUUUAAUUUUUUAAAAUACACGAGGGUAUGAAAUGUGAAGCUUCAUGCUGGCAUACUUCAAUUAAAAAGUGUGCCGGCAUGAAGUGGUGCAGUUUAUACCCUCAGGUAUUUUCAAAAAUGAAAUUUAUUUUUUAUAUUUACAUAUAUACAUGCUACUUUCAUUUCUGUUGGAAUUCAAUAGACGUUCUAUAUUUAUCAAAGAUUCAUACGCGCAUUGUUCACAUUUAUGAGGAAAUGGCUAUCAUUGCAAUUUGUAAAGAUAUCAAAGGCUAAAGCAUUGGAAAUAUAUAAUACUAGGACUGUUCAUUAGUUCCUAGAUACAUGUGAAGAGCUCCUCCAUUGUGGAUGCAUUUUAGAUGCCACUGAAUGCAGUGGAUAUCGCGUUUUAAAUACACCAGGCUCAGAAUUGCCUUCAUUUUGAGGGAAUGCUCGACUUUGUGGGAAUCUUUGAUAAAUUUUGUUGUAGCAUCUGUCAAAAUUAUAUCUAUCAAUGGCAUCUUCUUCUUUUGAAUUUUAUCAAAACAGGGUAAUCAUUAUCUGAAUGCAGUGGAUAUUGCGUUUUAAAUACACCAGGCUCAGAAUUGCCUUCAUUUUGAGGGAAUGCUCGACUUUGUGGGAAUCUUUGAUAAAUUUUGUUGUAGCAUCUGUCAAAAUUAUAUCUAUCAAUGGCAUCUUCUUCUUUUGAAUUUUAUCAAAACAGGGUAAUCAUUAUCUGAAAGGUGUUGUGAAAGGAAAAUAUUAUCUUUCUUUCAAUGUUGUGAUCAUUUUUCAAAUAGUGCAGCUUUAAAUAUGUGAUAUAUAAACCAUAAACAUGUAUAUUCAUAGAGAAUGGUUUUUUUUUAAUAUAUAUUUUCUCAUGUCUGCUUUUGUCUUGCAGAGGAAUUUAAGAGUUAAACAGGUAAAAAAAAAAGUGUGUGCUGGACACAUGUAUUUAGAUCACUGGUGUGGCUCGCGUGUCGUAGAGUGUGACACAGAAUGCUUACAUCUUACUGUUUAUGUCACUAUUUACACAUAGAUUUAUCACAAUAAUGAUCGUUAUCAUGUCCAUAUAAUUUAAUACAACUGCCAUGUGAACUGUACCUGUAUGUAUUUUAUUAUAUAUUUAAAACUGGUCCUCUUCAGCUUAAUGGUCAAGAAACCCGAUUUCUUCUCAUUUUGGGGGGGGGGGGGGGGGGGGAUUAAAUGGAUAUCAGAGAAAUCUGUUGAACAAAGAAUUCAUGCGUUUUGUUAUCAUAUGUUCUAUUCCUGGGAUGAGUCCUACAGGCUUUUUAAAAGCAGAAAAAAUGGCCUAGCAUGGUUGUAAUUUGCCAAUAUUUAUGGACCGUGACUUUGGGACAUGGACUAAAAUACAUCACAACAUUGACUUAAAAAUACUCCUAGAGGAUAUUCACUUAGUUUAAUAAAAACUCCCAUAAAUAAAAUGAAGUGAUUUUAUCCUUCAUUGCCCACAGUUUGGUUUACUGCCUUUCAUUAAUUCUGCUAUUAAGGAUAUUGUUUAGACUGUCUAUUAGUGGGAUUGUGUAGAAUGGGUGGGUGGAUUGCCGGCAGAUUGACAGAAAUAUACAUGCACUCUCCCAUGCAAAUGAUUACACUUCCUAUUCAAUUUAGUUCUAGAUGGAGUAUUAAUAAUAAUAGACCAUAGAUUUGAUAAAUAAUGCUAGAGACAUGAACUAGAACUUUACGUACCUUAGAUAGUAAUAUCUUAUUCUGUUUCUGUAAAAAAAAAAGUACACAUUUUAAUGGUUUCCUUCAAGAAUUUUGAGUGACACUUUUUGAAAUCAUGGCUUGUUUUCAAAGUUAUUACAAAACCAUUAAUACCUGUCUUCUUGUACACAACUCUAGGUUCCAGAGACCAACGGAAUAGACUGCCUCAUCUAGAAGUUUCUACUCAAUACAUGUCCUGUGUUUCAAAAGCUUUAUCACAUUAUUCUGAAUUUAAAUAAAUGUCUCAAGUUAAAUCAGCCAUGACAAGUUUCAAACAAAUUAGUUUGUUUCAUGGGAUGUGUUGUUUACAAUAUUGUUUUUAAUAUGAUUUUGUUGUUUUGUUUUUUUUUGUUGGUCUCAAUAAGAUACUGCUUCUUACUCAAGUUCGUUAUAUCGAUAUAUUUAUAAGUAAAAGAUAAGCAUGGAAUAUUGUGUUUAUGAUGAUGGUAAUGUCUUGCAUAUUUUUGUCUGUAAAGGACAUGCGUCUCGGUCUGUAUUUAUUAUAUGAAAUUGUAAUCAUGGAGAAUAUAGGGUUAUAGAGAGUUUUCUGUGUAAAUGCCAAAGUUUUCAUUAAGAUUGAAUAUAGUUAGUGUUUCCUGGGUCCAUCAAUAUUGUUUCAGAUUACUGUUACAUUGAAGAAUAAAGUUGUUGAAAUAUUAAAUUUUUGUGCAUUUACA